AAGAGUAUAGAUGUCUGCACUUCUCGUGCGUAAAGUUAGAAAAGUUUGGAUAGUUGAAUUUGGAACCGAUCUACAACAAUGGAGUUCAGUUUAUUGAUUUUUCUGAUGCUUUCAUGCUCGCUUUGUUACGUUUUUGCAUUGUCACCGAAACAAGAGGUGUGUCUUCUUCAAGUAGAUGAUGGACCUUGCAGAGAAGAUAUCCAGCGUUACUACUACAAUACAAUCACUCAACAAUGUGAGGAGUUCAGCUAUGGAGGCUGCCAAGGGAAUGAGAACAACUUCAUGAGUUUUCAGGCAUGUAAGAAAGCAUGUUUUAGGAUACCAAAGAUCCCCCAGAUCUGCAGGUUCCAGAAGGAGGAGGGUCCCUGCCGUGCCAUGCACUGGCGCUACUUCUUCAACAUGACCACCAUGCAGUGUGAGCAGUUCAUCUACGGCGGAUGCCAGGGCAACGAGAACCGCUUCCAGGACCAGAUGUCUUGCAUGGAGUACUGUAGACCACACAAAACUACUCCUGUGCUCUGCCUGGAUCCCCUGGAUAAAGGAGGCUGUGCUGCAUCUAUACCACGCUACUACUACAACUCAGCCUCCAGGAUGUGUGAGCGGUUCAUCUAUUCAGGCUGUGGAGGAAGCAGCAACAACUUUAUAUCCAGGCAAAGCUGCGUGGACGUCUGUGCUAAAGCUGGGAAACCAUGGAAAAUCAGAAAAACAGGCAUGAAGAGAACAACCACCAAAAACCGCAUUAGAAUAAAGCCUAAUAACGGUAUUAAACGGUCAACAAUUUGAUUCAGUGAUUUUUAUUCAAAGGGACAUGAAUUGACUGUAAAUGAACAGACAUUGAUAUGUUGAAUUGUAUGUUUUUUACUGCACCAGAAGUAACUAGCUACUUGCACUGCCUUUUCUAUAGACCUAAACUGUGAUGCACAGAUGAAAAUAGCGAACCAACCACUCAAAUGUGAAUCAACCUACACCAGCAGUAUUUUUGCUGAGUAGCUUUCUCAAGACAGUGUCGGGGGCCAGUAUGAAAAAUGUAUGCACUCACUAACUGUAAGUCGCUCUGGAUAAGAGCGUCUGCUAAAUGACUAAAAUGUAAAAAAUGUAAUGUAUUGUAGAAUACAUUUACCAUGGCAACUAUCAUACAAUAUAGCAUUUUAUUUUUGUUAGCAAAAUAAUUAAUGUAUUUUUUGUGUUUUUAACAUAGUACUUUUCAACAAAAACCUUUGGUUAGCCUUAUAUGGCAUAUUUUGGCAUAUUUAGGAUAUUAUUUAAAAAAAAGCUAAACUUUGCCUUGUCUGGAUAGUCCUGUUAUUAAGUAUGAAUAAGAACUGAAUGUGUGUUAAUACUUCUUCAUUUUCCUCUGGCUCCUCAUUUGUCACGUAUGCUUGCAUCGUCACCUUGUCCCUUCUGGGUUUCCACUAGAUAGCACAGCCACAAUGUCCAAAUUGGCUAUUAUCAUAAAAAGUAA